CUGGUGGAAAUGAAAGUCCAAGCCAAGGGGUUAUCGUGGCCAGCGCUCGGCCCAGCGGGCUAAGCCAGGCGAAGACUUUCCUGAGAGUCCCUAGAUCAUGGCCCCGCGGGUUUAUGGGAAAUGUAGUCUCGGAGAUCGCUGGACCGGUCCUCGGAGGACCCUGGGAUGGCUAGCAGCCGCUGCAUCUGCGCAUGUGCGAAGCUGUGAGCGCACCGGCGGCCGCCCUUCCCCCACCUUCAGCCGCGAGUGGGUGACAGGGCCCUGGGUUUCCACGUAUCUUCGCCGCCCCGCGCUGUGACCGGGCCGGGCACUGAGCCACGAGUGGAGACUGGCCCCUCUAGGUCUGCCUUCAUAUCUGUGCCUUUACCUAAAAGCUACAGAAAAUGAACAAGUCCCAGGAGGAGUGGGAGCAGCUGGACCCAUCGCAGAGGAUCCUGUACAUGGAUGUGAUGCUGGAGAACUACAGCAACCUACUGUCAGUGGAGGUGUGGAAGGCUGACGACCAGGUGCAGCGGGAGCACAGUGACCCCGAGGAGCAGGCGCGGCCAUUCAUAAUCUGCAAGAACCAAACCCCCAUUGAGGAAAGAAGUGAUCUCUUUGAAAAAUCAUUCAAUCUGAGCACAGACUUUGUUUCUUUAAGACAAGUGCCCUAUAAAUAUGACUUGUAUGAAAAAACUUUGAAAUACAGUUCAGACUUACUUAACAGUGACAGCUAUAUAAGGAAGCAAGCUGAUGAGUAUAACGGAUUUGGAAAAGCACUUCUCUAUCUAAAGCAAGAGAAAACCCAUCCUGAAAUGGAAUACGCAGAAUAUAACAAAAUUGGGAAAGCCUUCAGCCAUAAAGAAGCCAUUUUUAAACAUCAGAAAAUUAGAAAUUUGGUGCAGCCCUUCAUUUGUAAUUACUGUGACAAGGCUUUUUCCUUUAAGUCACUCCUCAUCAGUCAUAAGAGAAUACAUACUGGAGAAAAGCCGUACGAGUGUAAUGUCUGUAAGAAAACCUUCUCCCAUAAGGCAAACCUCAUUAAGCAUCAGAGAAUUCAUACUGGGGAGAAACCCUUUGAAUGUCUUGAAUGUGGGAAAGCCUUCACCCAUCAGUCAAACCUCAUUGUACACCAGCGAGCACACAUGGAGAAGAAGCCCUAUGAGUGCAGUGAGUGUGGCAAGACCUUUGCCCAGAAGUUCGAACUCACUACCCACCAGAGAAUUCACACAGGGGAGCGACCCUAUGAGUGUAAUGAAUGUGCAAAAACAUUUUUCAAGAAAUCAAACCUCAUCAUACAUCAGAAAAUUCACACGGGAGAGAAACGCUAUGAGUGCAGUGAAUGUGGGAAAUCCUUCAUCCAGAACUCACAACUCAUUAUACAUAUGAGAACUCAUACGGGGGAGAAGCCCUACGAGUGUACAGAAUGUGGCAAAACAUUCAGCCAACGGUCAACUCUUAGGCUUCACCUGCGAAUCCAUACGGGGGAGAAGCCAUAUGAGUGUUCUCUGUGG